CAUAUUUCCAUUUCUUGAAACUUUUCUAAGAAAUUCCCACAAAAUAUGAUUCAUUUCUGAAAUCAAUCACUUUGUUUUCUUGGUUAUUUGGGUAUUGAGGGAUUCGAAUUUUCCACUUUCUUUCCAAAGUUGUAAUCUUUUCAGUGUAUUGCUAUUUGGGGUUUUUCUUGAUUUGGGUUGGAAAAAAGGGGGUGAAUCAAAAAGUUGGUUUUUGAGAUUUUCUUGGAUUUGGGUGUUGUGGGUAUUGGUUAAAAUUGAGUCUUUUGUUCAUUUAAGUUUUUGAUCUGUUGGCGUAUUCUUGGAAGUUUGUGGUUGUUGUUUGGUGGAUUGAUGAGAGUUUGAAGUGGAUUGGUGAUUGUGAGAGAUUGUUUGAAUGGCUUUAAAAGAGUUGAUUGAGAUCAAGUUCAGGCUUGCUGAUGGCAGUGAUAUUGGACCCAACAAGUAUACACCUGCCACCACAGUGGGUUCUCUUAAAGAAAAGAUAAUUGCACAGUGGCCCAAAGAUAAAGAUUCUGGGCCAAAGACAAUAAAUGAUGUGAAGCUUAUUAAUGCUGGAAGGAUACUUGAGAACAAUAAAACACUUGGUGAAUCAAGACUUCCAGUUGCUGAAGUUCCAGGAGGUGUCAUCACUAUGCAUGUUGUUGUACGCCCACCUAUGAAUGAAAAAGCCCGUGAUAAACUACAGGAUGAUUCCAUGAACAAAGGCGGGUGUGCAUGCACAAUCUUGUAAUCCGUCUAACCAUAUAACAGAAUUAUUCCAGUUCAGUAAUAUUCCGUAGCUCUUGGAUUUUUCAGUAGCGGAUCUUUGGAUGCAUCCAAGAAGUAUCAAAUGGCAAAAUUUGAAGUUCAAUUAUCAUUCAAGCUCUUUGCUUUUACCUUUAGAUUUCAGCUUGACAAACUUGCUUAGAAGGCUAAAAAGGAUUUGGUGCACUGCUGUGUAGGAACUUUUGUGGGAGGUACGAAAAAUUUUCUUCCUUUGUUCAGGUGGGUAAACAAGGGAACAAGAAGAACAAAAGAAUUGUUCAAGAUUAUAGUUGGUUUGAUUUCUUUAAAUUUGCAAUCAUAUAACUAUGAAGAACUUACAAAUUCAGGCAUGUGUACUUUGUUGUUGUUGCA